CAUCCGGGUCACGUCGGUCUUCCGGGUAUUUCCCGAUAGGGCUUUCUACGCCUCUUUUCUUCGGUUACUUUUUGGUCUUCCGUCUCUUGCCACCGCCCCCGAUCUCCCACACCCUUGCCGGCCCUGCCUUUUCUUGUGUCGCUCCUCCCUGCUGCCGAGGCCGAGGCUUAGCGCUCAGCCCGGAGCCGGGCCUACCCAUUCCGCGUGGGCACUACCUCCUUUGGCUCGGGAGGAAGCUAGGACCAAGCGCGUCGGGCCGUCGCUCCUCCGGCCCUGGAGCUCCUGGGCUGGGGGUGCUGGCCGACCCUCCUGCGCAGUCCUUUCCCGAGAACACUUUCUAGGACCAAACGAGGAAGAGUGUCUCGGGACUCUGCAUGGGGUUUCAAAGGGUGGUGAAGAGCUAAGGUAGAAGAAUACAUGUUCUCUUUUAGUGAACAAGAGCAUGUUCCCAAACUCAAUUUUGGGUCGCCCGCCUUUCACUCCAAACCAUCAACAACAUAAUAACUUCUUCGCCCUGUCACCAAGUCUUUAUUCACACCAGCAACUUAUAGAUGCACAAUUCAGCUUUCACAAUGCAGACUUGUCUAGAGCUGUGUCACUGCAGCAGUUGACGUAUGGGAAUGUCAGUCCAGUACAGACCUCAGCUUCCCCGUUAUUUCGAGGAAGGAAGAGAUUAAGCGAUGAAAAGAAUCUUCCUCUUGAUGGUAAACGGCAGCGUUUUCAUUCACCCCACCAAGAGCCAACUAUAGUUAACCACAUAGUGCCUUUAUCAGAUGAAAGAAGAUACUCAAUGUCACCAUUGUUUCACACACACUAUGUACCAGAUAUAGUCAGAUGUGUUCCACCUUUUCGAGAAAUAUCAAUUUUAGAACCUAGAGAAAUCACACUGCCUGAAGCCAAAGAUAAGUUGAGUCAGCAGAUACUGGAGUUAUUUGAAGCAUGUCAGCAGCAAGUAAGUGAUUUAAAGAAGAAAGAACUCUGUCGAACAGAGCUUCAGAGAGAAAUUCAACUGUUAUUUCCACAAAGCAGACUUUUUUUAGUUGGGUCGUCUUUAAAUGGAUUUGGUACUCGGAGCAGUGAUGGUGACUUAUGUCUAGUUGUUAAAGAGGAACCAUGUUUUUUUCAGGUAAAUCAGAAGACUGAAGCACGGCAUAUACUCACCUUAGUCCACAAACACUUCUGUACUAGACUUUCUAGUUACAUUGAGAGACCUCAGUUGAUUCGAGCAAAAGUGCCAAUUGUGAAGUUCAGGGAUAAAGUCAGUUGUGUGGAGUUCGACUUGAAUGUAAACAAUAUUGUUGGAAUAAGAAACACAUUCCUUCUUAGAACUUAUGCAUACCUUGAAAAUCGAGUUCGUCCGUUAGUACUGGUGAUUAAGAAGUGGGCCAGUCACCAUGAUAUAAAUGACGCCAGUCGCGGUACUUUAAGCAGCUAUAGUCUUGUACUGAUGGUUUUGCACUAUUUACAAACCUUACCUGAACCCAUCCUUCCAUCCAUCCAAAAAAUUUACCCAGAGUCUUUUAGUCCUUCUGUACAGUUGCACCUUGUACAUCAGGCGCCAUGUAAUGUUCCUCCUUACCUCUCAAAGAAUGAAUCAAACCUUGGGGACCUCUUACUGGGCUUUCUGAAGUACUAUGCUACAGAAUUUGACUGGAAUAGUCAGAUGAUUUCAGUUCGUGAAGCCAAAGCCAUUCCCAGGCCUGAUGGUAUUGAAUGGAGAAAUAAAUACAUCUGUGUAGAAGAACCUUUUGAUGGAACAAAUACAGCAAGAGCUGUGCAUGAAAAACAGAAGUUUGAUAUGAUCAAGGAUCAGUUUUUAAAGUCAUGGCACAGAUUGAAAAACAGAAAAGAUUUGAACAGUAUACUACCUUUAAGAGCUGCUAUCCUGAAAAGAUAACUGGCCUCUAUUUCUUAAUAAAGAACAGUAGUUACAUCAUAAUACGUUUUGUCUACCUUCAUCGUGGUUUCUUUUUAAUUGUUCUUGUUUUCAUGUUUUAUUCUUAAGAAGACAUACUUCUAUAAAGAGUGCAUAUUUUAUUAUGACGUUUCCUAAUAAAACCCUUUGAUUUAAA